UGUACAAGGAGGCCAUGAUGGAGGAGCACCAGCCUCUUAUAUCACAAGAAAAUCCCAGUAAGAAUUCUAAAGGAAACCUCAUGUUAUCACUAAAUUAUAAUGCAGAAGAUGAAGAUAUCAUGCAGCACUCUUCAGGAGGAAAUGUACAUCCAGGACUUCACAGUACAGAUCUAUCAAAUCAAGGAUGUUGCCAGCCCAGGGCUACAAGUGGCAGGCAGGAGCAGCAAGUCGAAAGGGAGAGCACGGACCGCACCGUUAACAGCGUCCCGGGGCCCCCGAUCAUCCCGGCUAGAAGAGAAAAUCCCAGUAAGAAUUCUGAGGGAAAUCUCAUGUUAUCACUAAAUUUUAAAGCAGAAGAUGAAGAUAUUAUGCAGAGCUCUUCAGGAGAAAAUGUACAUCCAGGACUUCACAGUACAGAUCUAUCAAGUAAUCUCCCUAAUCUUGAGGGACCUUCUUCUGACCAAUCAUGGACUGUUACAAGUACAGGUCAGAAAGGGGGUAAAAGGUUUCACUGUAAUGAAGCGUUCACAAAGAGUUCAAGACUUUACACAGGAGACAAACCUCAUACGUGUUCAGAAUGUGGGAAAUGUUUUACAAAAAAAUCUAAUCUUGUGUUACAUGAGAUAGUUCACACAGGAGUGAAGCCAUAUUCAUGUUCAGAAUGUGGGAAAUGUUUUACACGAAAAUCACACCUUGUUAGACAUGAGAGAAUUCACACAGGACAGAAGCCAUAUUCGUGUGCAAAAUGUGGGAAAUGUUUUACAGAGAAAUCAAGUCUUGUUUGCCAUGAGAGAAGUCACACCGGAGAGAAGCCAUAUUCAUGUUCAGAAUGUGGGAAAUGUUUUAAAAGAAGAGGACAACUCGUUAUACAUCUGAGAAUUCACAAAGGAUAGAGAGGCCGUAUUCAUGUUCAGAAUGUGGGAAAUGUUUUAUUUUAAAAAAUCUAAUCUUGUUAAACAUGAGAAACUUCACACAGGAGAGAAACUACAGUCAUGUUCAGAAUGUGGGAAAUGUUUUUUAAGUGGAUCAAAUCUCAUUAAACAUGAGAGAACUCACACUGAUGAGAAGUCUUAUUCAUUGUAACAGGGAGCUGGCGACACGCUCUCCCUCUGCAGCGCCGCCGGUGUCCGUGUCUCCAUGGUGACAAGAGGGCGAGGAGGACCCCGGUGCGCACGUCUCCUCAAUGUGGCCGGCGUCCUCCAUCUCCUCCUAGACAACGAGCAGGUGGGGAA